CUUCCGGCCUUUCCCUCCAUACCAAAUCGAAAUAUCAGAGACGGGCAAUUAUCAGCUCACAGCCUGUUAUAAGCUUCUUUGUCUUUUCUCUCUAGCAUUUCCUCCGCUUUAUUCUCAGUUUCUCACAGCUUCUCAAAGCACAGCGGAGAACCAGAACUGAGUUAUUAGCUGCCGAGACAAUUAUAAUUCUACUUCUCAGUCCUUCUAAUCCCUCUCAGACUUGCACCUAGGCCCUUGGCAUUUGGUACCCCUUGUGCUGUAAUGUGCUUUUACAAUUUUGACAACUAAAAUAUGAGUGCCUCAGUGGUGAGGAAAAAGAUACAAAAGAAAUUCAAAAUUAGAGGGUAUACACUUAAAAUUGAUGCUCUUGAAGAGAUCCUCUCCUUUGUUAACCGCUUCGAAGGUGCUGAAGAUGAGGCCAUUGAUCUCCUCCUAGACCACCUUCAGUAUGAAUCACAGAAAGUGGGAGUGAAAUCUUCCAUAAUUGACAAGGAGCCAAUACACCGUGUUAUAAGUGGUUUAUUAGAAGCUGAUGAUGCAGUUGAGCAAACCUCAAGCGACACAGUUUCUUCUCAUGCUGCAAUUCGUGUGAUCGAUGCUUUCUUAGUCCCCAAAUUUCGCUUUGAUCCCAUCAAGAAGCAAUUUUAUCAGCAUACUGGGGGUCUAUCUGUUCAUGGUGGGUCUUCUGCCAAAUCUGCUCUUUACAAGGAUAGGUAUUUGUUGCUCUUCCAGAGAAUCUCUCACGAUCAGCAUUUUUCCAAACCUGCAUUUGACACUGAAAUGUCACAUUAUGGAAGCUGCGAGAUAGCUCCAAUUCAGUCUCUGGUUGGGCAAACAGGAAGACGAUGGGUCAUGGGUGUGAUAUCUCAAUUUGAGGAUGGCCAUUUCUACUUGGAAGAUCCUACUGCUUCAGUGGAAAUCAAUUUGUCUAAAGCAAAAAUAACUACAGGCUUUUUAUCAGAGAAUACAAUUGUUGUUGCAGAAGGUGAGAUGCUCUUGGAUGGUAUUUUUCAG